AUGUUUAGUUUUAUUGCUGACAAACUCAACGUCAAGAACUUGGGCGAGCUGUUGGCCCCUACGCUAACACCUGAGCAGGAAUUACACGCUGCUAUUGAACAAGGUUUGCAUGAAAAGUUUGUCUACAUGUUAGAUGUGGACAAUAUUGAUCCCAAUGCCAAGAACGAAGCAGGGAACUUGCCAAUUCAUACGGCAGCAUACCACGGUCGCGUCGGCUUCCUCGAGAUUUUGCUCGCCCAUAAUGUAGACGUCAAUGCUACGUGUCAACGUCAAAACUCUCCAUUGCACUAUGCUGCGGCACAGAACCGUGACGAUGCUGUCAAGUUUUUGGUGAACCAUGGCGCGAAUCCAGCGCUCCGUAACCGGAACGGCCGUACGCCUUACGACGUGGCUAAGGGAGACAAUAUUCGCCAGUAUCUACUUCCACUGCAAUUCCGACACGAAGAUCCGACGCAGGUCGCGUCAAUGCUACCACCUGGAAUCACACCCUCUGUAGAUCCGAUGGCACCCCGGCCGGUAAUUGCUCCGCCGCCGCUCAGUGGAGACUAUUCGGCGAUGCAGGGUCCUCCGACGGGGAUGCCACCGCAGGAGAUGCCGCAAAAUAUUUUGUACGCUGCCGCUACCCAUAGUGCUAUUCCUCGUGGUGGACAGUCACGAUUUACUCGCCCAAAGGACUACCGCCCCAUCCAGGCAGAUGGAUUCGGUUCUAGCGUAGGCAACGAGGAGUUGACUGCCAAGUUUGGGAAUACGCGUGAGAUUAAGGUCACUGCACCGCCUCCAGCCGCCAUGAUGCCGCCAGCACCCGUCUCGAUUGAGAGUAUUCCUGUUGAAGGUUCUAGUCCGGUUUCAUCUGCUCCUGGCGCAAAUCCGUACGCUUCUACAUACGCCAACAAGCCACGGACGUCUCCAAGUGGUGGGUACCCUGGACACGCGCCUCCAAAUUUUGGCAGUGCGACUCGCAGCUCGCCUCAGUUCAAGAUCUUUAAUCCCAAGCUGGCUGACGCUGUGUCCAAUGCGACAGGUACUGUUUCUGUGGCACAACCUCCUACGUUCGGUUCAGUCGGAACUUCGGGUGCCGUUCACUAUCCUCCUGCCCACGCAUCCCAAUACGAUGUACCUGCACAGGUUGAAGAAGUGAAUUUAUCAGCUAACGCUAGUGUGCUGCAGUAG